AUGUUGCAAUACGCGAAAACAUAUAUAGGACUGAAGUUUGAUCAAAUCAACCAAUGUGUUCAAAAGUUCGAAAGCUAUAAUGAGCAGGCGGUGAAUUACGGUUGGCGAUGUUCCACUUCGCUUCCACGACAAAUCUUAACUUUGGAAUAUCCCAAAUUUAAGGACAGCGAAUAUGUAACAUGGGUUGUAAUACAUCUUCAUUUGGAAUUGCGCAAAAUAUCGCAAGAGUUGAAUUCGAUGUUUGGACUACAAAUGACUAUCAAAAUGGGAACCUAUUUUGCGCUUAUAGUAAUAGCUUCUGAUCGUGUUUUCAACAUAAUAUUUACACAUAAUUACGGUGGUGAGAAAAAGAUAAACCUCACGUUGAUUAUAUUAUUCAUCAUAAUAAACAUCUUCCGAUUGCUCAUUAUUAAUUAUAUGUGCGAGAGAGUCAGCAACAAGGCAAACGCAACAAGAGAUGUUAUAUGUAAAAUAGUGCCUUCCACUACUGAUAAUGUGACUCGAGAAAACAUUUCGCAAAUUCUCUUGCAAAUGAGGCAAGCUCCGCUCAAAUUCCAUGGCCUCCGGCUUUUCCAGUUUGGGUCAAAUUUCUUUCGUGGAUUCUCCAGCUCCGCUACGACCGUUAUUGUCAUAUUGGUGCAGUCCCACACAAGUACAUAA